GUACUGAUACGCCCACCCUCUCUCUCUCUCUCUCUCUCUCUCUCUUCAUCACUCACCACUGACCACUCAGGCUCGCACCAGAGACGAACGUCCCUUAUCCAUCCAUGGGCGGCGACGAAACCUCCGACGCCCGGAACACGGCGAGGCUCCGCAUCCUGGAGCUCGCCAACAUGAUCAGCGUCCCCAUGUCCCUCAAUGCCGUCGUCCGCCUCGGCGUCCCCGAUGCCCUCUGGCAGGGCGGCUCCAACGCCCCCCUCUCCGCCUCCGAGAUCCUCUCCCGUUCCCUCCCCAAGGGCGGUGGCGACGCCGAGAACCUCCAGAGGCUCCUCCGCAUGCUCGCCAGCCACGGCGUCUUCGAGGAGCACGUCGCCUCCGGCUGCUCCGAGCGGAGGUACUCGCUCACCGAGGUCGGGAAGACCCUGGUCACCGACGCCGAGGGCCUGUCUUACGCCGCCUACGUGCUCCAGCACCACCAGGACGCAAUGAUGAGGGCGUGGCCGCUGGUGCACGAGGCGGUGGCAGACCCCGCCACGGAGCCCUUUGCAAAGGCCAACGGCAACACCGCGUACGCCCACUAUGGGAAGAACCCGGAGAUGAACGAGCUGAUGCAGCGGGCCAUGUCGGGGGUGUCCGUGCCGUUCAUGAAGGCAAUACUGGACAGCUACGAUGGGUUCUCCGGGGUGGGGAGGCUGGUCGACGUCGGCGGGAGCGCGGGGGAUUGCCUCCGGAUGAUCAUGCGGAAGCACGAGCACGUGCGGGAAGGGAUCAACUUCGACUUGCCGGAGGUCGUGGCCGAAGCGCCUCCUAUUCCCGGGGUGACCCAUGUUGGUGGUGACAUGUUCAAGUCCGUCCCUGCUGGUGAUGCCAUUUUCAUGAGGUGGAUAUUGACGACUUGGACGGACGACGAGUGCAAGCAGAUACUGGAGAACUGCUUCAAGGCACUCCCGGUGGGAGGGAAGCUGAUCUCCUGUGAGCCAGUGCUACCGAAGCACUCGGAUGACAGCCACAGGACUCGGGCACUUCUCGAGAAUGACAUCUUCGUGAUGACCAUCUACAGGGCCAAGGGCAAGAACAGGACCGAGCAGGAAUUUCAGCAGCUCGGCAUCUCCGCCGGCUUCCCUAGUUUCCGAGCACUGUACAUCGAUUACUUCUAUGCCGUGUUAGAGUUCCAGAAGUGAAAGAGUGUCUUGGAAGAGGGACUAAUGAUAAUGCUCUACUGGAGGCAUUGUCCACACAAUAUUAGUAAGAUGUGGGGGCUACUACCGUCAAUUUAAUUUUCGGAUUGAGGCUCUUUUGACCCCGCACUUGGUAAUUAUCAUCUAUCUGUCUUUAAUUACUCAGCGUCUUGCACUACCUGUUCGUGAGUAUACAUGUCACUCAGUUACGACAAGCAUCAAAUGAAUAAUACGAAAGUGACAAGGCAUUAAUCAUAGAGAUUAUGCCUUGCAGAGGGGUUGCUCCUUUUGCUGUAUAAGCUGCUUCCAUCUUUCUUUUCAUUCCAGUUAUGCAACAUGGGAGACGUUCUAAUUC